CUUGUGUUUGGAAUGAUGGGUAGUGGGAUUCUUACUGUUGUGUUUGGUUUAGGGUAUUGGUUGAAUGUUCAUUUAGUUGGGUUUUAUAUGAGUGUUCAGAUUGUGUGUGGUUUGUUUCAAUCUAUUGGAUGGCCUUGUGUUGUCUCUGUUGUUGGUAAUUGGUGUGGGAAAGAGAAACGUGGUUUGAUUAUGGGUGUGUGGAAUUCUCAUACUUCUGUUGGGAAUAUUCUCGGUUCGGUUAUUGCGUCUUCGGUUCUUGAUUUUGGAUGGGGUUGGUCUUUUGUUUUGCCUGGUGGGUUGGUGAUUGUUUCUGGAGUGGUUGUGUUUAUGUUUCUUGUUGUAAGUCCUCAUGAUUUGGGGUUUGAAGAACCUGGUAAAGAGAUUGAGAUCGAGAUGAGUUUAGGUGAGAAUGUAGAGGAAAGUUUGAGGAAACGGGAAGCUGAGGAUGCAGUGCUUCUUGAAAACGUCGAUGAAUUGGAUGAUUCCUUGUUUGCUAUCGGGUUUCUCGAGGCUUGGAGAUUGCCUGGUGUUGCGCCUUACGCUUUCUGUUUGUUUUUCUCGAAACUCGUCGCUUACACGUUCUUGUAUUGGUUACCAUACUACUUAAGGCACACAGCUGUUGCGGGUGUGAAUCUCUCCCACAAAACCGCUGGGAUUCUCUCGACAGUCUUUGACAUAGGAGGAGUGCUUGGUGGAAUAUCAGCAGGGUUCAUUUCCGAUAAAAUUAAAGCACGUGCACUCACAUCAAUCACAUUCUUGGCACUCUCCAUUCCGGCUCUAAUUAUGUACAGAAUAUAUGGGAGUGUGUCCAUGUUCAUCAACAUCAUCUUGAUGUUUAUAUCCGGGUUAUUAGUAAACGGUCCUUAUGCACUCAUAACCACAGCUGUUGCAGCUGAUCUCGGAACACAAGACUCUAUUAAAGGGAAUGGUCGGGCAUUGGCGACAGUAACUGCUAUUAUAGAUGGUACUGGUUCGGUUGGUGCAGCUUUGGGACCAUUGCUCGCUGGUUACAUAUCGAGCAGAGGGUGGAACAGUGUCUUUUUCAUGCUUAUUUUUUCAAUAUUCUUUGCGGGUUUGUUCUUGGUUCGGCUUGCAAAGGCUGAGAUCAGUAAGAUGAGGUCCGGAGAAUUGAUAGCGUCGAGUGAUAGUCAAAGCUGAUGAUUUUGAUCCCAGCAGAUUGUAUACAAAGGUAGUAUCAGGUACAUAGAUUCAAACAAUACAAUACAAAUUGAGACACCACCUGAUUUGUUUUCUACCAUUUUAGUUUAGAUGAAGCAAAGUCUACUAUUUUUGAUAUUUCACGACAUUGAAGUCGUUAACAAAAAUAUAUGAGUAACAAGAGUGGUUGCAUAAUAUGAAUUUCGAGCUAUGAUCUUCAUAUAUAUAGUAUAAGAGAUUGCAUUUUCGACAUCUCUUUCUUCCUA